UAAAAAGCCAAAUUUCCGUGCGCUGAACACCCUGCUGUGUGCGCAAGCACACUGCAAGAGUUUACAUACACGUUGCUGCUAACUGGCAGUCAGAUUCAGUCUGGAUAUGGCGUCGCUGCACCGACACGGGAUGAAUUUUUACCUCUCCGUGGGAAUUUGCCAGUCGCGUAUCGGGACGGCACUUUUGGGUUUCUGUCGUUGUUAAUAGGGAUCAUACAUGGCGAUGGAGGACGAGGAUAAUAAUACAGCGGUCGUGGCGACGAACACCCAACCGGGCAUCAAGAAAGGAGGUGAUGUCGGAGAUGACGGGGCUUGCAUAGACAGGCAGCCGGACACGGUAGUACACCAAGCGGGGCUGAAUCAGACUGCAGGUCGCGGCAGCCGCAGUGGUCCGGGAGCUCAUGCUGCGACGGGGAUCCGAGUGCUAAAGCGCAACAUGAAGCGGAAUGGGAGUCGUGGCUGUGUGACAAGAAAGACCAGAUUUGGAUCAAGAGAGCGGGACUGGCUAAAGGGGGACACCCAGCGGGGCUGUGUGUGUCUGUAUGGGGGCACAGUGGACCCACAGCUACCUGCCUCUGGCCCACAGGCCUCCUCCACCCCUCAGACAGACCUGCAGUUGGUGCUCUGCUCCACCAGUACCACAGUGGAGGAGCUGUGUGCUCAAAGGGACGGACAGGGACUCUAUGUUCAGCUGCAUGGGGACCUAGUCAGGAGGCUGGACCCCUCUGAGCGUCCACUCCAGAUGCUGUAUGACUACCUGGCUGCCAUGGGCUACACAGAACCUAUACGAGUGCAGCAAGAAGCAGCCAACUCAGACCUCAGCUGUUUGAUUCGUUUCUACAGUGAGCGUCCAGUGAAUGCAGACCAGCAGGAGCGGACCCUGCUGAAAGGCGUAUUCAGCGUCAGGAAGGGCAAGACGCAGCUGCACAAGUGGGCAGAGCGACAGGUCAUUCUCUGCGGCACCUGUCUAAUCGUGGCCUCUGUCAAAGACAGCCUGACUGGGAAGAUGCACAUCCUGCCCCUGGUGGGGGGAAAGGUGGAGGAGGUGAAGCGGAGGCAGCACUGUCUGAUGUUCAGCUCAGCCGGAUCACAGGCCCAGACAUACUUUGUCAACUUUGACACGCUCGCAGACUACCAGCGAUGGCAUCGGCAGGCCUCAAAAGUGGUGUCUCAGACAGUCAGCCUGGUGGAUCUGUCCUGCUACAGUCUGGAAGCAGUGCCUGAAUAUCUAUUUUACAGUCAGGAUGUCACCCACCUCAACCUGAGACACAACUUCAUGAGUCUUCAGGGGCCCGGAGGCCUGCUCAACCUCCCCAGGUUUUCUCAGCUGAAGAGCCUGAACCUGUCUCACAACCGUCUGGGUGUGUUCCCUGAAUGUAUGUGUGAGAUCCUCACCCUGACUGAACUCAACCUCUCCUGUAAUAAUCUCCACACCGUCCCUGUGCAGAUAGGCAACCUUCAAAGCCUGCAGACACUGUUUUUGGAUGGGAACCAUCUCAGCUCCCUGCCUGAAGAGCUGGGUGGCCUUUCCCAGCUCAACAGCCUGGGGCUCUCCUUCAACAACUUCUCUCACAUCCCUGCUGUGCUGGAGAGGUUGAGUGCAGUGGACAAGCUGGCCAUGGCUGGGAACAGAGUGGAGAGUCUGGAGUUGUGUACUUUGGCCAGAAUGAGCCACCUUAAAAACAUCGACCUCCGAUUAAAUGGGCUGCACUGGUUGAAAAGUGUUAGUCUAGAGGCAGUGAGCCAGGUGACCCAGCUGGAUUUACGGGACAAUUACUUGGACUCACUAGACCUGAGCUCUGUGUGCAACCUGGAGACUCUGCAUUGCCAGCGCAACCAGCUGGGGACACUCACACUCAGCGGUUUCACACUGCGCAUGCUUCAUGCCAGCAGCAACCGCCUUACAACAGUCAACAUCUAUCCAGUCCCUAACCAGCUGACACACAUGGACCUAUCACAGAACCUUUUGGAGUACCUUCCGGACUGGGUGUGUGACUGCAGAAAAAUUGAGAUGCUGGACGUCACGCACAACCUCCUGUCUGAGCUUCCUUCCAGACUGCUCAACAGCUUGAGUUUAAGAAAGCUCCUGGCGGGGAACAAUCGUUUGCAGAGAGUGUCUGACCUACUUGACCACAUCCCUCUGGAAGCCCUAGACCUCCAGCACAACAAACUAGCUGAGCUCCCUGAGAGUCUGUUUUACAAGGCCUUAAACCUAAAAUACUUAAAUGUGUCAGCCAAUGCUCUGGAAAGUAUUCCUCCCAGCAGCCCAUCAGAGGAAAGCCUCAGCACACUCCAGGAGCUCUACCUGACGGGGAACAACCUGAAUGAAAACUGUGGUGCAUUAUUAGUUGGACACCAGAACCUGCGGGUCCUUCACAUCGCCUACAACCAGUUGCUCUCCUUCCCUGCCAGUAAGCUGAGUAAGCUGGAACUGCUGGAGGAGCUAAAUCUAAGUGGCAACAAGCUAAAGACCAUCCCCUCCACUGUGUCCAGCUGUAAGAGACUGCACACCCUCAUAGCACACUCCAACCACAUCACUGUCUUCCCAGAGAUCCUCAACCUGCCUGAGAUCAAGCUUGUAGAUCUAAGCUGUAAUGAGCUGACUGAGAUCCAGCUGCCUGACUCGCUGCCUGCCACUCUGCAAGAGCUGGACCUGACAGGCAACAGCAGCCUGAUGUUGGAACACAAAACCCUCAACCUCUUCAGUCACAUCACCACCCUAAAGUUGGACCAGAAAUCUACCACGACAGCAGGAGACUCUCAGAGUGCCUCCCCUCCAUGGAACCACGGUUACUCUGAAAUGAGCGGCCAAAGAAACAAGUUGUGUGUGUCUGUGCUGGCUGUAGACCGGUUUGGAGACGGUGUGGAAGCAUGUUAUGGCAUCUUUGACGGCGACCGCAAUGAGGAAGUGCCUCGGCUGCUGCAGUGCACCAUGGGAGAUGUGCUGUGCGAAGAACUGCAGCACUCCAGUAUUGACAAUGUGUAUAUGUGCAACACCUUCCUCACCUCACACAGGAAACUAGGAAUGGCUGGCCAGAAACUGGGUGCUUCUGCCUUGCUGUGUUAUAUUCACCAUGAGCCUUCAGAUCCAGGAGGCUACUUCAGCCUCACUGUGGCCAAUGUGGGCACCUGCCAGGCAGUGUUGUGCCGGGAUGGCCGACCGAUACCUCUCUCUAAGGUUUACAGCUUGGAGAGCUGCACUGAGGAGAUGGAGAGAGUUAAACUCAGUAAAGCCAUUAUCACAGAGGAUAACAAAGUGAGUGGAGUGACAUGCUGCUCUCGCCUGCUGGGCUGCUCUUAUCUGUCUCCCUGGGUGCUUCCAAAGCCCUGGGUGCACACUAAGCCUCUCUGUUCCCAGGAUGAGUUCUUGAUCCUGGGGAAUCGAGCGCUGUUUGAACGAGUCUCCUACCAGGAGGCCGUAUGCACUGUACAGGCUGUGCGAAAUCCUCGCGCUGCUGCCAAGAAGCUAUGUUCACUUGCUCAGAGUUAUGGUUGCAAAGACAACAUUGAGGCUGCAGUGAUAUCCCUGCAUAUUGCUGAAGACAGCUGUACCUGUGAGCCACCUGUCUCCACCACUGAACCACGGGGUCCCCCUCCCGCCCCUGUGCCUGUGACCGUGACCCCAGGCCCCAGUGACCCAGCCACCCUUUCAUCCAGCAGUGGUAUUGUCUCUGAGUUUAACAGUGAGACAUCAGCCUCAGAGGUGGGCAGUGAGGCGGGGUCCACCGCUUCAGACGAGCACCCAUCCUCUGUCCCUGCAUCCCGCCCAGAGAGACGCUGUAGCCUACACCCUGCUACUACACUGUGUGGGAUUAUGGUGCCAGGCUCAGUUGGGGCAGGAACCCACCCAGGCCUAUUCCAGCGACAGCCCUCCUGUGCUACGUUCUCGAGUAACCACUCUGACAACGGCUUGGACAGUGAUGAUGAAGCUCCGCUUGAGGGAGUAAUCUCCAAUGGCAGCAAGCUAGAAGUGGAGGUAGACAUUCACUGCUGUGCUUUCCAACUACGGUCAGGGGCCCCUGAGAGCCCCAAAGAGUUGGACCUUGAAAAGCGAGGCUCUGACUAUCCCAAUGGCAAAAUGCGCAGACAGAACAGUGUGGUGGUUUCUGCUACAAAUGGCUGCCUGCUGGCUGUAUGUGGGAGAGAGAUUGCAGACCUCAAAAAGUCUCCUUCCACAUGCAGCCUGUUUGGGAAGAAGCUGUCCAAUGGCUCUGUGGUAGCCCCAGAGGACAGUCAUAAUCUCAUUGAGGUGGCCCUGGAGGCUCCUAAGAAGAAAUCUGGAUACUUCACUGCCCCAGCACAGCAGGACCCCGAGGACCAGCUCAUUGUGCCUCCGAGUCUGGAGCAGGAAGUCAGGGAGCAGCUAAGAGGCCAGAGCCUUCUAGUCUCAGCACCCCCCUUACCAUCCAUACCCCCUUCCUUAAAAGACCCAGUGUGGGAUCAUCCCCACCCCCCUGCAUUUGCCUCCAACCUGGUCCCAGGUCCAGGACCGGCCCCCAUCCUACAGCAGGAAGUCUACGAUACGGCCCUCUAG